AUGGUUCCUAGCCGUAGUCGUACGCAGUGACUGCCGCGUUCCUGGAUUUAUCUCGUUACAAUUCGAAGUUCGACAGAAAUAACACAUUUAUUUGUUGACAAAAGAUCAUUUAAACGGUUGUUGGUCAGAAAUCCUCCCCGAACUCGUUGGGCCUGACUCGGAUGGAGUUAAGUGAGGUGGUGGUUGUGGGGGGGGCGUUAGCAGGUUCCGACUCUUCUCCUUCAACAGCGGAAUGUCGGAUGAGGAUUCCCGUGCCAGCACCAGCUCUUCUUCAUCACCACCUUCAUCGAGCCAAACCCGACAGAAAGACGCGACUUGCAAGAAGAAACGGGAGAGCAAAGUCAGCAUGAGCAAAACCUCCAAGCUGCUUUCCACCAGUGCCAAAAGGAUUCAGAAAGAGCUGGCAGACAUCACUCUGGACCCCCCGCCAAACUGCAGCGCCGGCCCGAAAGGAGACAACAUCUAUGAGUGGAGAUCCACCAUCCUGGGACCGCCGGGCUCCGUCUACGAGGGAGGAGUCUUCUUCCUGGACAUCGCCUUCACACCAGACUACCCCUUCAAACCCCCCAAGGUCACAUUCCGCACCAGGAUCUAUCACUGCAACAUCAACAGUCAGGGGGUGAUCUGCCUGGACAUCCUGAAGGACAACUGGAGCCCCGCCCUCACCAUCUCCAAGGUGCUGCUGUCCAUCUGCUCCCUGCUCACAGACUGCAACCCAGCUGAUCCGCUGGUGGGAAGCAUCGCCACCCAGUACACGACCAACAGAGCAGAACACGACCGAACAGCCAAACAGUGGACGAAGAGAUACGCCACAUAAGCCCACGGGACGGCAGCGGGAGGGGGGGUCCGGUUGUGUCGCAGAUUUUUAGAAUUUUGUCUGUUUUUUUGUUUUGUUGGAUUCUUUUUUUUUUUUUUUUUUUGCUUCCUUAUUAAGUUAAAUCAACAAAUACGGUAAUAAAGGAACAACAUGCAAACCCUGUC